AGGGCAGAGCCUCUCUGGCUGGACAUCUGGACCAUGGACAGGGAUCUGAGUGAUGAGGACAGUGUGGUGGACCUCAGCUUCGAGGCUGAGGGGCCCCUGGCGCCCCCCGUGGAACUCCUGGAGAGGCUGCCCAGCUAUGACUACCUUUUUCAAGGGGGCGGACAGCAGAUAUUCUUCCCACCUUUGGAGGCCCCACGGAGACCCCCGGAACAAAGGUGCUGGUCCUCGUUCCUGGAACACAGAAUCCCUGUGGUGACAGAGGAGGUGGCACGGGAAGCUCUCCUCAGCUUCGUUCACUCCAAAUGCUGCUAUGGCAGCUCGGCCGCCAGCGACCUUGUCAUCCAGGAGCUGAGGCAGCAGACUGUGUGCAGGUAUCGACUGGAGACUUUCAGUGAAUCCAGGAUAAGCGAAUGGACAUUUCAACCCUUUACUAAUCACUUAGUAGAUGGGCCACGAAGAGGGACGUCCCCCAGGCUCUGGGACAUCAAGGUCCAGGUCCCCCCGAUGUUUCAGGAAGAAACCAGGAAGUUCCAAGUCCCUCACUCGUCACUGGUCAAGGAGUGCCACAGGUGCCACGGGCGUGGGCACUGCAAGUGCAGCGGCUGCCACGGGGCCUGCAUGGUGAGGUGCCCCUCCUGCAGCGGAGCCAAGCGCAGAGCCAAGCAGCCUGGGAGGUGUCAGAUGUGCUCGGGGUCUGGCAGGCACAGGUGCAGCACGUGCUCAGGGAGGGGGAACAAGACCUGUGCCACCUGCAAGGGGGAAAAGAAACUGUUGCACUUCAUCCAGCUGGUCAUCAUGUGGAAGAACAGCCUGUUUGAGUUUGUGUCUGAGCACAGGCUGAACUGCCCCGCGGAGCUCCUCGCUAAAGCCAAAGGAGAAAACUUCUUUAAGGAUGAAAACACCAUGGUGUACCCCCUUGUGGACUUCCCCCUGCGGGAGAUCUCUCUGGCCUCCCAGCGGGGCAUUGCCCAACACAGCGCCACCCUGGCCUCCAGAGCCCGCGUCCUUCAGCAGCGCCAGACCGUCGAGCUGAUCCCCCUCACAGAAGUUCAUUACUGGUACCAAGGGAAGACUAACGUGUACUACAUCUACGGCACCGACCACAGAGUGUAUGUGGCGGACUACCCUGGACGGUACUGUUGUGGCUGCACCAUCCUCUGAGCCAGCUCGGCU